AGUGAAGACACAGUUAUAGAAAAAAAAAUUUUUUCGUUCAAACCAAAAUCAAAGAAGUGAAAUUAAAAUGAAGAUGCUCAUUGCUUCAGUUCUAGUCUUGUUCGCUGUAUCAUCAGCGCAAGCCGAAGAUACAAUAAAAUGUACACCACCAAAUGGCGACGUUCCGGAAGACUUCAAGGAUAUGACCAAGGGUUGCUUCGACAAGAUGCGUAGUCAAAUUCAAACCGAAAUCGAUGCUAGUAUGCAAUACUUGGCAAUGGGUGCCCAUUUUGCUCAAGACACCAUCAAUCGUCCUGGUUUUUCGGAAUUCUUUUUCAAAGCGGCUGCUGAAGAACGUGAACAUUCUCACAAAUUGAUUGAGUACUUGUUGAUGCGUGGCAAUUUGACCGACGGCAUUUCAACAUUGAUAACCGUCAAUCUUCCAAAAAAAACAUUAUGGACAACCGGUGUCGAAGCAUUGAAAGACGCACUCAAAUACGAAGUCUCAGUAACAAAGAGCAUUAAGGGAGUUAUCGCACAGUGUGAAGAAGACCCAGUUAAAACCGAUGAAGGUGUCCAGAAUGUCAACGAUUAUCAUCUUGUCGACUAUUUGACUGGUGUUUACUUGGAAGAACAAUACCACGGUCAACGCGAUCUCGCCGGAAAGAUCUCGACAUUGGACAAAUUGAUGAAAAGCCACGGACCAUUGGGAGAAUUUUUGUACGACAAAAAACUCUUGGAAUAAAAACUCACAAGCAGUUUCCAAUGCAAUUCAAAAUUCAUCAUUUUGUUUGCACCACCAGUUUAUGGUUGAAAGAAAAAAAAACAAUUUAGUUUUUUUUAUGCUCUGUACUUUGCGUACUACUUGCGCUUGUGAUCACAAAAUGAAAUAAAUAGAUUAGUCCGAUAAUUGGAAUAUUCAAAUCAAAGCAUUCAAAUGCCAUACUGUAUAUGAUUUUCAAGUAGAUGCUAGCACUUUCAAAUGGUGGAAAGUUCUUUAUACCGUUCAUAGAAUAUUAUUCGGUUAUAAUUAAUCCAAAAAUACCGCGCAUGGAAUGACAUUAACUAUUCGAGCAAUGAUUGAUUGAUGAAUAUAAAAUUCCUUUAUUUUGACAUUUUUAUGAAAUAAAUAGUUAACACAAGCGUUUAGAACAAA